AUGACCGAACAUGAGCCAGCUAAUUACAUACGCGUCGAGACCUCUCUCGUGCACUUCGUUCGAGACGGCAGAGAGCAAGACUGCAAUCUUGCUCUGUCGUUCAUAUCGCUUCACAGCCAUACCGGCCCAGGCACCCAUCCCGACAUCGUACCAACGCAGGACACUGCAACCAGCAAAGGACUAGCGAAUUCUGGCAUGACUGCCCCGGAAAUCCGCAUCACCGCUGUCAGCCCAGCACCGAGCGAGUCGCUGCAUCAUAUACCUAAGAGAAGUGCGAUUGGUACUAGCGCGGCGGGAGCGCUGGACUCGGCCUCUCAAAUCCGUCUGAGCGGACAAGAUGAUCACAUUCGCAUGACAACCUGUUCUCCGUCGCUAUCGAUCAAUCAUCCGCGCGGCAAAGUCACCGCUGCCACGCGCCGUCUCGACGAAGAUCUGUCGGCCUAUCAAGCAGAGCAUCUUGAUUCCAAGGCUCGACAGACUCAGAGAAAUCUCGAGCGUAGUCCAGGCAGUCCCCGUUUCGAGGCUACUUCAGGAGAUAACCUGGUGCGCGCGAGCACGGCAUUUGCAGUGCCUACGUUGCCAGCUAAGAAUCCGCGAUAUCAGGACUACUCGCUCACUGAAUCCAAUGCAAGCGAGUCGGACGACGCUGAAGCCUAUCCUGUGCCGGGUCGCUACGGCAUUAUAGCAGCUCAAGCACUCAAGAGAGCUUACGCCUCACUCGAUGAUCCCAUGGUCACAGCAGCACUCAUCGCAAUUGCGUUUGCAAUGCUUUCUAUGCUCUAUUCGGACAAGCUGAUCCAGCUCAAAAACCCUGCACAGACCGAAGCAAGAGACCUUCACCUUCUGUCAUCACGCGUUGCUUCUCUGACGGAUGCACACGAUCUCCUCAGUGCUCAGAUCAAGCAGACGUAUGACGCCUUUGCAGACGAGCUGCUAGAGAUGAACGACACGCUCUCGCGCGUGCAAAGCCAAUCAGAGACAUUGUCCAAGAUGAUGGUAACUAUUGUCGAGAAAAAUGGACAGCUCAAGCAAUCGUUCGAGCACUUGAGCGAGCAAGUGCAAGAACGCUGUGCUUCAGAUGAGCGCGGCGCGCUGUCUGGCGUUGCAACGCAGCAAGUCCGCGACAUGAUCAAGGAAGCCAUGAAAGAGCAGAUGGGCGAGAGCCUAGCGGCGAGCGGAGAGGUGCAGACGGCAGCCUCAAUAGAUGUCUCAGCUGUCUUCGAGACGGUCAAACGUUCAUUGGUAGAGGAGCUCCAAGCGGACAUCUACAAAAAUAGCAAUGGCAACGGAUCUCUAAGCCACGAUGACGGCAUGCGUACCGUGCUUCAGAANGCGGUCCAAAGAGAGGUGGCUAUCGCGCAAGACGGCGUCGCUAUGUCCGACGUAGCUCUCGCUUCUGCUGGCGCUCGCGUCAUCAAGAANUGGACAGGCAAGUCCUUCAUCAAGACCACCAAUCCCAUCAAGAAGUGGUACGCGACCCGUCAUCCCUUUCGCCCACCCGAAUACGCUAUGGAUAUCGAUAGGACUGCCGGNUACUGGAACCUCGUGCGUCAGAGCGAAGAACAACGACUUGCCGUGCUCAAAUAUGGAGACGAUCGAGGCAAAAUGGUCUAUCUGACUAAUGGUACCUACACGCCUGCAGAUGACUACUUUGGCGCUACCCAGACCUGGCCCAUCGUUGCCUCUGCCAAAGAGCUCAACCUCGCCUACGAGAUGAUCUUACUCAAGAUCACGUCUACCCAUGGCGCAGAGAAUGGCUGCCUGUACCGCUUCCGCGUGCAUGGAGGUCUGAAGUAUCGCGAAGGCUUCAACAGAACCUCAAUCGUUUAGACUGUGUUGUCGUGCCAUUACAAGCUAUCCCAUGACUCCCACAAGCGUU